AUGGAAGAGAAGGCUCCCAUCAAGCCUGCCAUGGUGUCCAGACUGCCUAAGUUCGGUGUCCGCCCCGCCAGCCCCCUGCCCAAUGGAACCACCCAGCCCACCCCUCCACCCCAAGACGGCAAGACCACCCCCCCAGCAAGACCCAAUGGGGUGGUCCGCGCCUCCUCCUUCUCUCUAAAAUGGAGGAAAGACGGUGGUAGUACUCCGACCACCCCCACUAGCCCUGAAGGUGAUGCAUGCCCAAAGGAGGGAGGGGACAAGCCCAAGACUCAGCACUCCACAUGGGGGAAGGAGAUCAAGAAACCCUCCGCAUCCACCCCUAAGCAGGUCAGGAGGUCUGGUUCGUCUGUGUCCUCUACUUCCAGCCCCAGGGCCAUCCCCCGCCAACCAGAAAAAAACAGCCCCAAGGCAGGGCCCAGACAGGGGCAGAGCACCUCCCUCAGUGGAGGCUCCAAACUAGGCCAGAAUGGAGCUACUGAUUGUUCAGGACGGUCAGUCUCUGGGCUGGUGAGGCUGCGGGCCAGCUCCAGCUCCCCGCGCAGCAGCUCGAGAGAUAGCCUGUCCCAGUCAAGUGACAGCCUCAAGUCCCUCACUCUGGACAACAUGGUGCGCUCGCAGAGUUUCACCCACUUCAAGCAGAUCCCAUCCCCGACCAACUUGCCCAUGGCACGCUCCUUCUCCUUUAACCGGGCAGUGGAGCUGGCCAAGCCUCUGGCCAACACCCAGCUACAACCACCCAGGACCAACCACAUCAAACCCCACCAGCUGUCGAAUGGGAGGCUGGGCCUGGGGAUGGGCCUCAGCCUGGGGACAAGUCUGGGGGGGCUUCAGUAUCCUAGGAGCCUCUCUUCAGCCUGCUCCCCCUCCACAACCCCUAGUGGCCUGAAAAAGCCUCUUCUCCCGAACUGUGUUCUGAACAAGCCCUCUGCUCUGGGCUAUAGACUGACGCGGCCUGGGCAGGUCAAGCAGCAGAAACCCCUGUUUACAGGGAGGGUGAAGGGGGAGGUCAGGGCUGGAGGGGUGGGGGAAGGGGAUAGGGCAGAGUCGCCCCCCCUCACCCUCACCCCAGAUCCCCUCAGUGACAGUGACAGGACCUCAGGGGGGCAGCUCAGGGGGACAGGGGAGGGGCUAGAGGACAUGUCUCUCUCCUCAGCCUCAUCUCUCUCUCGAGGAGACACCAGCGAGGAGUUCUUGGAUGACUUUGAUAACCUGGCUGACGGGGAUGUCCCAGACAACAGGACGAGGGGUAGUAUUGCCACUCAGACCCGCCUGCGGAGCUUCCUGAAUGAGACCAUGGACUGGGAUGGGAUGGGCCUCUCAGGUAACAUUAAAAUAAAAAACACCUGCUAAAAUCAUCUUCUGCUGUUGUGAUUUGUUACUACUAGUUGCCACAAUUAACCGCUCUAGAGCUUUGAUAACAGUGCUUCAGUUCCGUCAUUUCUGAUAGUGAGUAAAAUGUACAGUAUGAAAUGUUUGGCCUGUGUGUGUCCCCUGUGCAGGGCGGAAGGAGGAAGUGGGGGUGAGGACAGCCCUUGGCAUCCUGCCCCCAGAGAGAGGAGACUUCCUUCAGGGCUCGUCUCAGGAGCUGUCCCCCUCCAACAGCUCGGGGGGCACCUACAUGUGGGACGAGGAGGAUCUGGAGCCCCUCGGACCCAGGACGCACCCUUGUGAGAGCUAUGAUGACUCAGACCGCCUCAACAGCAUG